CAUAAUGAGCAUCAGUGGAUAGUUUGCUAAGUAGUACGUUCGAUCUUUUCUCCUGACAUGGACAAUUAAAAAGUUAAUUAGGGCAAACUUUGAAUUUGAACAGUGAAUGAUUUGAGAUAGCACAUUUUGUUAUGACACAAAGAUAGUAGCAUCACAGCAGACAUGAGGUUGCUUCUUCUGCUAGUGUUGCUGGGCCCUCAGACUUCUCAAGCCUGUCCUGGAGUCAAAACGGUGGUAUCAUCCAAGGGCCUUGACUAUGUAACAAAUUUGGUCACAGACUGGGUACAGAAGAAGAUACUCUCGGCAGACCUCCCAGUAAUUAGUGGAUCGGUGGACAUUGGUAUUGGGUCUGUUGGCUAUGCCCUUUAUGAUAUGCGGGUGGUUAAGGUAGAUAUGCCACAGCCAAGUGUCAAUUUUGUGGAGAAAACUGGCGUCCGCGUGGAGCUUAGUGGCCUGAGCAUAGCUGUGGAAGGGAGAUGGAGAACUUCCUAUGGAAUCAUUAAGGACGGAGGGUCAUUUGACCUGGCGUUGUUUGAUGUCUCUACAUCCUCACUGCUGCAGCUGGAGAGUGACUACCAAGCACGCCUCGCUGUCGAGUGCCUGUCAUGUGACGCACAAAUAGGCAAUGUAGACAUUAACUUUCAUGGAGGAGCAAGCUUCAUCAUCGAUGUCUUUGUGAAAUUCUUUCCUGGCCGCAUUAAGAGUUUAGUUGAAGAUCAUAUCUGCCCUAUUGUGCAAGACCAAGUUAAAAACCUUGAAGGAAUUCUAGCAGCCAUAAAGGUCGACUACCCUGUUUAUCCAAACCUGAUCUUUAGCGUUCCUCUCACAAAUUCUCCAGUUGUACAGUCCUCUGGCAUGGAAUUGGACUCAAAGGGUGUUUUUUACAGUGCGACGCACCCCAAGGAACCUCCAUUCCCAUCUGAGGACUUCCAGCUCCCAUCGGAAGCAGGAUACAUGAUCUCCAUGGGCAUAUCCCAGUACAGUCUCAACACCUACGCCUACGCUUGCCUCACUGAUGGCCUCUUCCAGAUCAAUAUUACUGACAAAAUGAUUCCGCCAUCGGUUCAUUUUCGACUCAAUACCAGCUCAUUUGGAGUGUUCAUCCCACAGCUGCCCAAGAUGUUCCCCAACAUGCUGAUGGUGCUCCAGGUGUUUGCUGAUGAGGCGCCAGCUGUUUCCCUCCAUAUGGACUCCUUCUCUCUGUUACUGACUGCAACAGUUAAAGCCUAUGCCAUUGACAACACCACCGCCUACCGUCCCCUCUUCAGGCUCAAGCUGACAACUGAAUUCAGCGGCAAACUGAACAUUGGCAACAAUACACUUAUGGGAAACAUGCAAUUUCAGAACUUGACCUUAUCACUGGUAACAAGUCAGAUUGGAACUUUCCAGACUAAAACCUUGGAGGGCACUGCAAGCUUUUUGGUGAAGAGUUAUCUUCCAAAGCUGAAUGCGAUGCUUCAGAAGGGGUUUCCUCUUCCUGUGGCGAAAGGUGUGACAUUGGCAGGUCCAGUUCUGCAGGUGCAGCAGGGUUUCUUGGCUGUGUAUAGUAAUGUGCAGAUAAACCUACCAUCACGCACCUGGGAAGAACUUUGAGGAGAGCCACAUGGGCAUUUGGUUCAGCAAAUUAUCCCUUUCUCAACAUCAAUGCGGAGUGAUGACAGGACCAUUCCCAAUUGAUACACUUAUAUUCCUUCCAAUUUUUUUUCUUACAUGUUAAACAUCUAUACAAUGGACUCACAAGAUAAUUUAAAGAUUAGAAAAUCAUAAUAGUAUUUUCUCUUGCUGCUGUCAUUACAUGUCAGCAAAGAACCACUGAAGAUGAUAGUGAAUGCCAAAAUGUUAUACAUGAAUAUGCAAUGAAACAUCAAUGUCACAGUGUUUAAUAAAGAAACUCCCAUUUCUUA